AUGAGAGAAUACCGGCAGAAUCUUGCGCUUCAACUACAUCUCCAGAAGCUACGAGAAGAGAGCCCUCUCGUACCAUAUCAGCCAUCCUCGCCCGAGACGACCCUGAUCUCCCGAUACAUUGGCGUGCUCGGACCAGAGCCCGCCGGUAGGCAGCCUUUUGAGGUCUUAGGGACCUGGAUACAGUCUAUUCCCUCGCGCAUCGGGUCGAACAAGAUGCUUGAUUUGGCCGUUCAGUUCUUCGUCGAUAGUCACGCUACGUAUCGAGAUGAUAUGCACUCGAAGCGCAAGGUCGCGAGAGCUUCAAAGGCUAAAGCGCUCAAGGAAUUGCAGCUCGCCGUGAUGAACACUGAUAACAAGGUCACGUACGACAUCCUGUUGGCUACGAAAUUACACUACGCUGCUGAGGCUCUGCUGGGGCUCGAUACUAUGUAUUACGCGAUUCAUGCGUUCGGAAUCGCCGAGCUGCUGAGGUCAGGUGCGGUGGCGGAAGUUGAUGACGAUCAUUUCUGGAAUUUGAUCGACAAUACCUAUGUUGACGAUAGAGCGUCGAUGGCCGUCAUGCACGUUUUCAUUCAGUGCCCUUGCGCGGUAGCAUUGAUCCGAGAAGCCAUUUCGAACCCCGAGGACACGAUCGCGCUUGCAAUCGCCAUGUCAUAUUUGGAGGGUCUGAUGCAAAUCAACGUGUCGCAGCACGUAGCUGAGCUCAUUGAAACGACCGUGUCUGUGGUACCGAUUCCACCGUCACCGGACGUCGCCGACCUAAUGCCCGACACCCUCGAGUUCAAUUCGGUACAAGACUUCAUACUUUGCACCAGAGGCUGGAUGUUACAGUCGCUCCUCUGCGGUCUUGCGGAUACAGUUUAUCGAUACUUCCCGACUGAGGCGGCGUUAUCGCUACUCCCGUCGCCUCAGCAAUUACGAAUUAUUGACGUUGAUAGCGCACUCUGUCUCCAGAAGUCGCACAGAUGGGCAGAUUCCGUUUCCAAACAUAUCCCGCUUUUGACAAUGCGCUUACACACUCCACUCCAGAUGGCUAUUGCCCCAUGGCACCGCAUGACGCGAGAUCUUACAUCCCAGCGCUCACCAUCUGCCUCGCCAGGCACCCCCUUGGACGUGGCUGCGGAGCUCACACGCGCCAAGCGCAUGCAAGCUUGGAUAGUCAGCGAAACCAACAAGAUACACAAGAACUGGAACGUCGCCACCGUCGACGAAGAAAUCCUUAUAGAAGCUCUAGAAGCUUUAUCUGGAGAGAAGAUGCCAGAUUGGCUUCCAACGCGCGUACGAUUCGUCCCCGAAGAAGGCGAAAUGGCCCUACACAUGGAAUUCGAGAACAGAACAGGGACCUACUCCACUGGCAGAAUCGAUGAACCUGUGUACGACUUCAGGGUGGUGGCCUCAGUCACACGAAACAUCACAUAA